CCCAAAUCCCCCUUGCUUGGCCAGCCCACUUUCUAAUCUCUCCUCUGUCCGUCUGGCAUCAGUUCAACUUCAUCCUGCUCAGGAAUGCAAGCAGGACCUGGCUCUCAAGAGACGGCUCCAAGGGCUGGCGUUGGCCCAUUUGGAGGCCCAUCUUAGCAACUGGUUUGGCGAACUCUUUCCCAGGAGGACACAUCAGGCCACGGCCAUAUCCAGAGCACUCAUCCAGUAUUCCCAGGAAGAAAUACCACUGAAGUUGUCCAAACUGAUUCACUCUCAUCAUCCUCUUCCCCGAGGACAUAGUGGGGAUUCAAUGGAGACAGUUGUGAUUGUGGCCAUUGGAGUGCUUGCAACCAUCUUUCUGGCCUCUUUUGUAGCCCUGGUUGUGGUCUGUAGGCAGCGUUACUGCCGACCCAAGGACUUCGUGAACCAUUAUGAUACCAGGCCCAUCGUUGACCAUAUGGGCUCAACAGAGACGCAGUCAGAACCUUCCGAACUGGAGCUGGACGACGUGGUGAUAACAAACCCACAUAUUGAAGCAAUUCUGGAGAACGAAGACUGGAUUGAAGAUGCGUCGGGCCUGGUCUCGCACUGUAUCGCUAUUCUAAAGAUCUGUCAUACCCUCACAGAGAAACUUGUUGCCAUGACCAUGGGUUCGGGAGCUCAGAUGAAAGCUCCAUCCAGCCUCAACGAUAUCAUUGUGGUUGCCAAGCGGAUCAGUCCCAGGGUGGAUGAUGUGGUCCGAUCCAUGUACCCACCACUGGACCCUAAGCUUUUGGAUGCCAGAACCACAGCGCUGUUGCUCUCGGUGAGCCAUUUGGUCUUGAUCACCCGCAACGCCUGCCACUCUCCCAGCCGCAUGGACUGGAUUGACCAGUCCCUCUCUGCGGCAGAGGAGCACAUGGCUGUCUUGCGCGAAGCAGCCCUUGCCUCCGAACCAGAACGUGCCGUACCAACUGCUGAGGGCUUCCUGCAGGAGCAGUCUACCAUCUGAGAGAGACAUCUGAAGCCUUGAGUUUUCCAUCAUUGCAGUUUCUCCACUCUCGACUGGCAUCACUGGCAUCAAUGCAAAGCUUACAACAGCAUCCUGCAGAGCUUCGUUUGGCUGACUAGCUAGUAUCCCAGAGCUGAGUUUGUAUUGCUGCUUUCUGCUCUCUUAUCACUUUGUGCUGCUUUAAAAUAUACAAACUAGUGGCAUUGAGAAAAAUAUUAAAGUGAAGGCAAAGCACUGUUUUUGGCAAUGAGAAUAUUUAGUUGUUGCAGUUGCUGUAAAAAUAAGACCAGGAAAAUAAUCCCUGUUGAAUUUUGAAAAUCAUAUGAAUCAAUAAGGACUAUUUUUUGUCCUUUCUGAGAACUGUAGCACAUACAGUUAUGUUGAUUUUGAAUAAUAGCUUCCUUGUGCCAUUAUCACACAACACUUUUGAAAUUCUCUUCCACUUUUUGAUAUGCACAGCUACUGUGCAUCCUAAUUCCAGUACUACCAACAACAACGAAAUACAUAAGAUACACCUAUGAUUCUAAGAUGCAUUCCAUUUUUAGAAAUGUUUAUAUAUGGGGGGAAAAUGUGCCUUAGAACUGAGGAAAUACAGUAAAUUCGUAGCUCUAUGGAUUCUGGUCCGUAUUCCUAAUGUUCUAUUUAUAUACUACGUUGUGGUCUGUGAUCUGUUUAUACUAUAAACUGGUGAUUGUAGAGA